GCAUUCUGGGAGAAAGAUCAAUGUCUAUUUAAGGGAAAGUUGAGCGGUCUUGAUGUUGACAUAUCAGAAAAUGAGAAGAUCCGGGAGAUAUUUCUGCUCAGAAAGCUUUGUAGCACCUCAAUGUUGGUUGGGUGUAGACUUGUCAAUGAGGGAAGCCGAAUGCAUACUUAGGACAUGUUCCCUACAGAGAAGACAGGACCAUUCAUGGUUCCUCUGUUGAUUUCGUCCCAGAUCUUGAAGGAAAAGCCUUUGUGUUCCCGUGGCUUCAAAACAUGGUCUUCGUGAAGUUGAUGAUGGACCUCCAGAAGCCUCUGACCAGUUUCACGGUGUGCGAGAGGUUCCAGACAGUGUUGGUGCGUCCGUUUGUCCUCUUCUCUUACGCCACCAAGGACGACGACAACGAAUUCUUGCUCCACACCAGCAAGCAGAACAUCUUGAGUGUCUUCAUGAAACAAGGGAUCAUCAACUUUGACAUCUCCAAAACACCCGCCUCGUCUAGCUGCAAGGAGCAUCUCUGUUUCACCUGGGAGUCCAAGACUGGAUUGGCAAGUUUGUGGUGGAACGGACAACCCUUACCUCGAAAAAUCAUCAUGAAAAAUCUCGUUGUCCAAGGCAACGCCUCCAUUGUCCUGGGCCAGGAACAAGACUCCUUUGGUGGCCAGUUUGAUGCCAGCCAGUGCUUUGUGGGAGAGAUCGAAGAUGUCUACUUCUGGAACCGGGUCUUGCAACCGGAUGAAAUUUGCCGAGUUUGGCACAACCGAGUGGUGCCCCAUCCGCUCAUCGAUUGGCGAGAGCUGUAUUACGAAACCCAUGGAGACGUGAUCGUGGCACCUUCCAACAUCUGUGCCUGCCGAAGUGAGAAGGCUUGGAUUCCCAAACAGGCGUGAAAAGUUAGUCGAUGCCCAAAAAUUUGGUCCCCACCUUGACUCUUGAUUCAGUCAAGAAGAAGGACAGCAAUCGCCAACUUUUCUAGUUAUGGAAGACACCAACUUUCUCCCACAGAAAAACCUUGCCCCGUACAUAAAAGCUGCUGGUUUGCUUAAUUUGUCUAGAGAACAUUUUGGUU